AUGUCCUCGUCAAAGCCCACUGCACCUUUCUCCUCGUCGGACCAAACGGGUAGCGCCAGGGCUGUGCUCACAAACCCGUCGCUCGUUGGCGCCAUCUCGGAUUUUACCGCCAGCUGCCUCGACCUGUGUCCGACGCUCUACGACGUGUACGAGACCAAGUGGGGUCCUUGGCACGAUCUCGUUACCAGUCUCAGCGGCAAGCACGUCCCCAACGGCUACGUCGACCACGAAGCCAACCUCAACCGCGAGGAGCUCGUCGCGCGCGCCAAGGCCAGUGUCAAGAACCACAAGGCUCUCUACCGGGCGCUCCAAGUGCGCCACAAGUUGGCCGAGAUCGUCGCACCCAUCACGAAACAUCACUACAGGCAGGCCGGCGGUAUCAUGCAGUUCGACAUCUACGAUGUACGCCCAAUGCUGUUUGCGCCAAGCUGCCGCGUAGAUCCGACGUCGACGACGUGGGGCCGCGAUGAUUUGGUCAAGAUUUUCAACAACGACGGAAUCGAGUUCCGUGAGAACGGCUCUGGAGUCCCCAACGGCGUUGGGUGGCACUGGUACAACGUGUCCGAGGACGGUGGUUGCGCCUUCUGCGCGACGGCUGGCACUAUCGAGAUCGACUACGCGCUGCAAGAUGAGUAUGGGUACGGCGAGCACCACAACGAGAUCUCGGACAAUUGGCGCGCGUUCAUUGCCGCCCACGGUCUGCACAUCAAUGCAUUCCGGUCCUGGCGUGCUUACGCUCACAAGGCACUGGUUCAAAACAGCGACGCGCACCGCGCCUUUUGCAGCGACGUCAUCAAACCGCUGCGGACGCAUCUCACAGCACAUCUGAGUGACGUCAAGUUCAUCACGUGCGCUUACUGCGACGACCGCGACCAGGUCACGAGCAUGUCGUUUCUCGGUGGCGUGUCGCCCGACGGGUACCUCGUCGGCGUCUUCUUUGGCUUUGUCGAUGUGUUCACACGCAUCACGAACAGCUACAUCGACAACCACCUCUACCGCGAAGAGCUCGCCGUCUGCGCCAAGGCGAGCGUCAUGGACCACAAGGCCCUCCAUCGGGCGAAAGUCGUGCGUCAAAAGCUCGCCGAGAUCACUGCGCGCGCGCUGAGGACGUAG